UCUCAGAGUUGAAGACUGGCCCUGGGAAGCCUAGAUGUUUCUGUAAGGACAGGCGCGGGAAAGAAUAGUGAGGGUGUGUGCAGAGGGUGUGUGCCUAGAGCACGGCAGACGUGGCAGCUCCGGGUAGGGGCUGAGCUAGGCAGUGAGCUCUCUUCCUUUGCCCAGCUGGUAUCCAGUCCCAAGGGAACUCUGCUCCAGCCCCGGACAAUGCACCAGGAUGGCCACUAUCCUCAGCCUUCUCCACCUGUGAAUGGGUCAUUGGAACAGGAGCCUCAAAGGCGGCUCCCCGAGAUGCUAGCGAUCUGCAUUGUGUUGGCGGUUCACUUUGGGCCCACAUUGCACCAGGGCCAUGCCACUCUCCUCACAGAGCCACCAGCUCUAAAGCCAGAGAAUGGCAUUUACCUCAUCCACUGGCGGCUGCUGGACCUACAGGACAAUCACAGAGAAACCCAGCCGGGACUUCCUAUCCCUCACUCCGGCUCUGCCCUAGAUGGACACAGGCCGAGCGUUGAUGAAGUCACAUAUCUGUAGGAGGGUCAUUUGGAGUUGGCCUGACUAUUCUCAGAACAAGAAACUGGACUGAAAAGUGAAUUGGAACCUGGGUGUUGGACUACAGACAGUCCUCUGGACUCGGCGAGAGCAACCCUCAGAUAUUUAAUGAGAAAGCUCCAUGGUGACAAGAGAAAUAAAAGCCACUUGAGGACCUUGCCCACAGACAUGGUGCCAAGAUCACCCUUACAAGGUUCCCCUCAGGGAUCUCCAGAUACUCCUCAGAGUUCCUGUUCCCUCCCUAUACUUCUGAUCUCCAUCCCUUUUGAAAUAAAGAGAAGGUUCCAUCCCUGCGCAGGGAUAUCAGGUCUACAGAGAAGGCCCUGCCUCUACACACUGCUGAUCCAAGGAGAACUCAGGCGAGAACUGUGCCGUGUCUUCUCUGAGACACUGGGUGCCGGGAAAGGAGGCUUGUGGAUGACACCCAAAGCCCCUGGAAUUCUUAAUCUCCACUUAGAUUCCAAGAUUGGCCUUGGUUUGUCCCCCAAAUCUGCCUUGCCAUCCUAGGAUGUGAUGGGGGAGUUUGGGGGCUCUUAUUACCUCUUACUUUUUGAAUGAGUGUGGGCUUGUUGGAAUAAGCCUAAAAUGUAUUCCAAAUCACUUCCGGAUCCAGAAAAUUCCAGCUAGCGGGAAACCAGGAAAAGAAGAGGAACUCUGUGGAACUUGUUUGGGUCUAUCCCGGCAGGGAAUUAGUCAGAAAAAUAUAGACUGGGGCCCGGGAAACCAAGUCGGGCCUCCUGGUGGCUCUCUGGAAAGGCGCCCCUUUCUCUGGUACCUCCACACCUCACUCAUAUGCAGUCAGAAACAUGCAGACAUAAACCAUAUAAACUGGGCGUGGUGGUACAGUCUUUUAAUCCUCGUACUUGAGAGAUGGAGACAGGAGGAUUAGAAGUUCAGGAUCAUUCUCAAUGACACAGCAAGUUUGAGGAACACGCUGUUUAUUAAGAAAAGGGGGAGGGGUUAGUUGUGGUGGUGCAU